AUGAGUCAGCAUGUUGAAUUUUCUUAUCCUCCGCUAAAGCCUGGAGAAGGACAUGACAGCCACAGUUUACCAGAGGAAUGGAAAUAUUUGCCGUUUCUCGCCUUACCAGAUGGCGCUCACAACUAUCAGGAAGAUACUGUGUUUUUCCAUUUGCCACCAAGAUGUGGGGAUCAAACCACAGUAUAUGGCGUCUCUUGCUACAGGCAGAUUGAAGCAAAGGCAUUAAAAGUACGGCAAGCAGACAUCACCAGAGAAACAGUACAGAAAAGUGUUUGUGUUCUCUGUCAGCUGCCUUUGUAUGGGUUACUUCAGGCAAAGCUGCAACUCAUUACACAUGCGUAUUUUGAAGAAAAAGACUUCUCACAAAUUUCAAUUCUAAAGGAACUUUAUGAUCAUAUGAAUAGUUCCUUGGGCAGUACUUUGCUAGAAGGGUCACAAGUUUAUCUUGGUCUGUCUCCUCGGGAUCUUGUUCUUCACUUUAGACACAAGGUGUUGAUCCUUUUUAAAUUGAUUCUUCUAGAGAAAAAGGUGCUGUUUUAUAUUUCUCCAGUAAAUAGAUUGGUGGGAGCUCUGAUGACUGUCCUGUCACUCUUUCCUGGUAUGAUUGAACAUGGUCUUACUGACUGCUCACAGUACAGACCAAGAAAGAGCAUAUCAGAGGAUGCUGGCCUGCAGGAAAAUACACCACGGUUCCAUGACUGUGUUUCUGUGUCUGCUGCUGAUACUUCAAAUACAAACUCAGGAAUGGGAAAGGGAGGCAGGAGUAUGGGAGGAAACCAUUCGCUGGAAAGUCAAAAAGCUAACACACCUCUCUCUCAGUCAGAGAAGACUUAUAAUGGAUCUCAGUCCUCCAGUUGUGCUGUGCAGCGCUUGAAAGUUCCUUCCCGCGCUUCUCCAGUGUCCUCUGAAAGCGACUGGGAGACCUUAGAUCCUAGCAUUUUGGAGGACUCUAAUUUGAAAGGAGGAGAACAUGAAAAUACAGCAUCAGAACAGGCUAAAGAUCUUCCGUGCAAAGGCGUGAGCUCGGAAAGCCUUCCAAUCACUGUGCAGCCCCAAGCAAAUACAGGACACACGGUGUUUGUUCCAGGACUAAUAUCUGGGUUGGAAGAGGACCAGUAUGGUAUGCCAUUGGCUAUUUUUACAAAGGGAUACCUUUGUUUGCCAUACAUGGCACUGCAGCAGCAUCACCUCCUGUCAGAUGUAACGGUCCGCGGCUUCGUUGCAGGAGCCACCAAUAUCCUGUUCCGUCAGCAGAAACAUCUGAGUGAUGCAAUUGUGGAAAUAGAAGAUGCUCAUGUACAAAUCCAUGAUCCAGAACUCCGUAAGAUCCUGAACCCAACAACUGCUGACCUAAGAUUUGCAGACUACUUGGUGAAGCAUGUAACUGAGAACAGAGAUGAUGUUUUCCUUGAUGGCACUGGAUGGGAAGGAGGAGAUGAGUGGAUCAGGGCUCAGUUCAGUGCUUAUCUUCAUGCACUGCUUGCUGCUGUGCUGCAGCCAGACAACGAAAAAACUUUGUCAGACUUUGGAACAGCUUUUGUAGCAGCCUGGAAAAAUACCCACAACUACAGAGUAUGGAAUAGCAACAAGCAUCCAGCUCUUGCAGAGGUAAAUUCUAGCCACCCAUUCCAGGGACAGUACUCUGUAUCAGAUGUUAAGUUAAGAUUAUCACACUCUGUGCAAAACAGUGAACGUGGAAAGAAGAUUGGAAAUGUGAUGGUUUCUACUAGUCGAAAUGUUGUACAAACAGGAAAAGCUGUAGGUCAGUCAGUUGGAGGAGCCUUCACAAGUGCGAAAUCGGCCAUGUCAUCGUGGUUUUCCACUUUUACGCAGUCAACCCAAAGCCUCGGGGACUAAAUUAUGGUUUUGCACAGUGCUGCUAAUAUUUCAGGUGUAAUGCUUUUUUCUGAGCUGUAAAAAGACUGCUCCGAAACAUAGGAGUGGAGAUUAAAUACCCAGGACCAAAACAAAGUAUAAGGUUGCUUGCAAGCAGACAUGGAAUGUCAUCAUUCAGUUUCACUAGAAACACAGAAGAAUGGUGAGUGUCUCCAUACAAUGGGAUGGCAUUUGCUGUAUAUUGGUUGUAUUUAAAAUGACUACUUUUCUUUAAAACUGAGCCUUUACAAAGAUACUAGUAAACAAGGCUUGUUGCAAGCCAAAUGUGUUUGACUUUAGAUUUGUACAUUUUCUUGGAUGUUGAUAAUAUUUAUGAAAACUAGUUAUAUUUUUCAAUCCGAAUAGCCAAAUAUUUGUGAAUUCUGGUUAGAAAUAAGCAGAGUAUAUAUACUGAUUCCUCUUUCAGGUUGGAUUUGAGAGCAUCUCUGCGAAAAGUAUAUGGUGGAAACCCUGAAAGGGUUCCAAGCCAGGUAGAACUUUCUCGCUUUCACAUGCAAACUAAAAUCAGCGGGAUGCAGAGUAAGACUGGCUGACUUAAGGUGUUUUUUCCUUUCUCCUCUGUAGCCAUGUACAGUUGUUUGUAUUAAUCUGGUUUUAGCUCUCUUUAUGUCCCCAAAUCUGUGACAGUUGCAAAAUCAGUAUUUUUCUUGAUGUUAUGCAGUAGACCUUCAUAACUUUACAUAUGUGUUGGCUGUGCUUUUACAUGAAUGGGAUUCCGGUAGGAGAGACCUCUUCAAGAGAAGUAUUACAAAACCAUUCUCCCGAAUUGGGAUUGGAUCACAGACAGUUUUCUGAGGUCUUGUUCUAUUAGGACGUAAUUACACAAUCAACGUAGUUACAUACCUAGGAAUACAAAGUACUAAAAAUGCCUAAAACUAGCACAGUAACAAACUGUGUGGUGCGGGUUUUUUGACAGUAAUGAAGACUCUUCCAAAUGAAAAUCAGCUGUAUCUGUUUUCUGUGUCGACUCAGGGAAUGUUCUGUUUGGAUAACUACUUUUUCAUACGGAAAGUAACACUAGAAUUGAGAGAGUAACUGAAAUGGCUCAGUUCGUAUCUUUGUGUGAAGAAAUAUAAUAGUUUAUAUGAAAAGCUGUGGCAUAAUGGUGUAUUUUCUAUGUAACAUGCCUGUGGUGUCUUCUGUAUGCAAGCAAAUUCCACUUCUACAUUUCCUGAUUCUGAGAGAGAUUAUCUCCUAUUUGCUGAAAUGUGUAUGCCUCUAUAUGCCUUCUAACAUCCUCACAUGAUAGCUGUUAACAUUUUCUACAUUACAUUAUCCAAUGUUCCAAUUUUCUGCAGUAAAAGGCGCUCAGUUUAUUGCCUUCAUCAGUAUCUGUCAGUGUUUUGCCAUUUUCUUUUCUGGGGCCAAGAUUUCAAGUCAUGGUUAUUUCUUCUGUUCCUCAAAUAAAAUACAGCAGCUCUAUAAGAGAGAAACAAGAAGGCUUGAAUGUAAUUUGUUCUAAGAAAUUAAGUUCUAAUUUCUGUAGGUGCAUUUGAAAAGCUAAUAAAAAAGGCACACUUGUAUCACGAGUUACUGUUGAACAACUUAGGUUUUAGUUUUAAUUGCUUCAAACAGCAGUUCAGAAACACAAUCUGGUUUAAAGCCUUCGUUAAUUUUUUUCUUUUUUGGGACAAGCUAGAUAGAAUGGCCAUGGAAAACUUGAGAGUAUACAGCUAGUUUGAGUACUUCCAUUUGAGAAGUGUGAAAAAAAGGCCCCUAAAGCUCUGCUGAUGUACUGCUUCUGACAUACAAGUAAAAUGUAUCUGUAGAACUGCAACUAUUGCUCAUGGUCUCUGUGUGUAUUUGUGUAUGUCCUAAAACUUAUGUUCUUUUCUGUUUUAUUCCACAGCUCUGUAAUAGACACAUCAUUUCAAAGACUAAGUAAUACUUGAUAUGCAGAAAGAGCUCUGGUGAAAUGACUAGGCCUGCUUUUAGUCAUUAUCAGUCUAGAGCUUUCUGAUUCAGCAUGCAGAUAAAAAAAUAACUGAAAAGAAUCACUUGCUUUUGUGAAAUAUAGCUAACAUAUUAUCUGCUGUCUGGGAUUUAAGGGGUCAGGCUUCAUGUUGUAGUGAAGACUGAAUAAAGGUGCAUAAAGGAUUUAAGCACCCAUAAAAUAUCUUCAGCAACUUAAGGCACACGGAGGUAGAAUUAGGCUUAGGAGCUCACAAUGGUGAGUUCCAGGAGCCAGGUAUUUACAUGUAUAAGGUAUAGAAACAGGACCUUCAAGGAUCCCUUGUCAAAAUUCUUGUCUUUGUCUCCUCUGUUGGGAGAUAAUGGACAUGUGAGCAAUCCUACACAUGUGCAGGCCUUGGCAAGGACAUAGAACAAAGAACUCAGCAACCAACUCCAGGAGAU